UCCUUUCAGUCUCAUCAUCCAAUUUGCUCACUGCCAGAUCCCCCCUCCAUCACCACCGUCUCUCCAUUCGCCGUUUCCUCUCGGCACGGCGCUCAGUCCUCUCUCUGUUGACCGGACCUGCCGGAUUUUCCCUCCGCGCCGCUGACCCCGAGAGGACACUUUUAUCCAGCGAGCGAAGAGAGUAGGAGCAGAGAGAGAGAGAGAGAGAGGAGGACAAAGGUAAAGAGUUGGCCCAUGCGAGAGGCGUGUGGCCUGAGUGCAGCUGUUUCGUUCAGAGAGGAGCCCAACAUGUGAGAAGAUGUCUGUUGGAGGCUGUGCUUGUCCCGGCUGUUCGUCAAAAUCCUUCAAGCUGUACUCUCCUAAGGAACCCCCCAACGGUGGCAGCUUCCCCCCCUUCCACCCAGGCGCUAUGCUGGACAGAGAUGUGGGGCCUACACCCAUGUACCCACCGUCAUACAUGGAGCCUGGAAUGGGGAGACCCACGCCGUAUGGGAACCAGACAGAUUACCGGAUAUAUGAGCUCAACAAAAGAUUACAGAACUGGACAGAGGACUGUGACAAUCUCUGGUGGGACGCCUUCACCACGGAGUUUUUCGAGGACGACGCCAUGCUCACAGUCACUUUCUGUCUGGAGGACGGUCCCAAGCGCUACACUAUCGGCAGGACGUUGAUUCCUCGAUACUUCAGAAGUAUUUUUGAGGGCGGUGCAACGGAGCUGUUCUACGUUUUGAAGCAUCCAAAGGAGUCGUUUCACAGUAACUUUGUGUCGCUCGACUGUGACCAGUGCACCAUGGUGACCCAAAACGGCAAACCCAUGUUUACACAGGUGUGCGUGGAGGGCCGUCUGUACCUAGAGUUUAUGUUUGAUGACAUGAUGAGGAUCAAGACGUGGCACUUCAGCAUCAGGCAGCACAGAGAGGUCUUACCAAGAAGCAUUCUCGCUAUGCAUGAUCCCCAGAUGCUCGACCAGCUGGCUAAAAACAUCACCAGGUGUGGGCUGUCCAACUCGACGCUCAACUACCUCCGUCUUUGUGUGAUAUUGGAGCCGAUGCAGGAGUUGAUGUCCAGACACAAGACCUACAGUUUGAGUCCGAGAGACUGCCUGAAAACCUGCCUUUUCCAAAAGUGGCAAAGGAUGGUAGCGCCUCCAGCUGAGCCAGCGAGACAAGCUCCCAACAAGCGGCGGAAAAGGAAAGUGUCGGGUGGCAGCAACGUGAGCUCCGGCGGAGGCGGCAACAACAACAGCAACAGCAAAAAGAAGAGUCCGGCCAACAGCUUCUCACUCUCCAGCCAGGACCUGGUUGGAACAAAAACCUGUACAGUGCCGGAGCUUGAGGACCGGAGUUGAGAACCACUACGCAAAAUCUGUUAACACACACACUCUCACACACACUCUCUCUCUUUCUCUUUCUCUCACACACACACACUCUCACACACACACACACUCUCACACACACACACAGACCGACCAGUGCACGCACCAACAAACACUGUCGCCUACAUCUGUGGCCCCGAACAGUGAGGUACUGAAGAGAGGUGGUACGCAGCAUGUCUGGACCCGAGCACCAGACGCCACAAAGUUGUGUUUUUAUUUUCUAUAUUUUAGACUUGUUUUUGUUUUGUUUUUUUUUAAAUGUAAAGUAUUUGGAGGAAAAAAAUGGCAAGCAAACAAUAACUCCCCAGGAUUUUCUUUGCACUGUUUCCCACUAUUAACGGCAGUCUAUUUUUCUUAUGAAAUUGACGUGUAUUAUUAUUAUUAUUAUUUUUUUUCUAUUACUGCUUAUGUAAGAAAUGUAAAACAUUUGAGACCUUCAGUAUAUUAAUGUGUAAGUAUUGCUGUUAGAUCAUUCUUAAUGUGAUGGUAAUAACUGUACGCCUUUGUCAUCCAUCGUCGGGCAGAGGUGUGGACUCGAGUCAAACAUUUAAUAACUUUAGACACGACAACAGACUAGAAACUCAACUCUGACUUUAUCACCAAUGACUUCACUUGGAAUUGAGCCUUUUGAGUAGAAAAUGCUUUUUUUUUUUUUUUUUUUCUUCUUUAAUCAAAUAGUUAAUAUUUACUGUGAAAACCUUAGUGCAGUUUUUUUUUUUUUUUUGUGUGGAAAGUUUGGAAGCUCAGUUUUAACUUCUUGUUUGUGCAAGAAAAUACAGCCGUUAAGCCUCAUUAACAACUUUAAGGAAAUUAGUGUUCCCCUGUUAUUAAAUUUAACAUUUGAUCAGCUUGCCUGUUUAAAAAUGAAGAAAUCCCAAGUUUAUGACUUUAAAUUUGAUCUGAAACUCGGCUGUCUUUAGCUCCAGACUUGGGGACGAAACAAUGUCUUGGUCCCACCUCUGCUAUCUGGCCUCAGUAAUAAACAUCUUAUUGUUUUUACUACGGCGCUACAGCUGAUCGGGUGCGAGUCCAAAGCUGAACUCCGGGUAUUUGUUUCCCAACUGAAUCUCCGUCUGUUGUCCACUCCUUGCAGAACUGUCUAUUUUGUCCUUAAAUCUCUUAUUCUUCGGGGGCGGGGUGAGGGAGGGAGGGGUGUCUUCAGAAAAGUAUAGUGACAGAAAACUUCUUGAAUUUGCUACUCAGAAUAUUUUAAAAAUCAAGUUUUAACUGGAUUGUAAAAUAGGAAAACUUUUGUAUUAACUUAAGCUUCCCAGCGAUGUUUUUAAAUUACAAUAAAGAAAGCUGCAGACCAAGGAGCUCCAUGUAAAGACUCUUACACACUGCGCUGUGUUUAUGUUUCAUUUUUCUGUUGGCUUUCCUCCUAAUGUUUGUGUCUGUGCUUGUACAUUUUUAGGUAGUACUUUCUGUAAAAGUCCCUCUAUGUAUUCCUUUUGAACUAAGAGAAACUCAAUCUAAUGUAAAGAGAUAAAAAAAAAAAAAAAAAGCCCAGUAAGUUUCUUUUAUUAUUUUAAACAUGAUUUUUAACGGUACAAUCACUGAUGAGAUAACUUUACCUUCAUUUUGGCAAACUAUUUAUUUUUCUAUGUACUGAUUUUUUUUUUUUCCCCCACAUGUACAAUACUCAUGACUAUAUCUGGAGGAAUUUGCGGUGCGGCUGCUGAGUCGGACUGCUCAUCACGGUGAUUGUGUGUUGCUUUGAAAUAAAUCUUAACGAUCCAGGCUAUUGCUUUCUCUGUUCACGCACCUCAUACCUGUGCUGUAAGUUUCUGCUCUCUUAAAAGUCAGAUCCUUGUAAAUAAAGAUCAGAAAUCUCAAGUUUUUUUUCUGUGCCACAGAAUCAACACAAAUGUAUAGAAAUCUUUAUUUUAAAGCACACAACUUGGGGUAAAUUCCCCUAUGUGGCUGUUAAAUUGCUGCAUUUUAAUUCGCUGUCGGUGUGCAGGUACACAGUCAGGGGCCUCGGCAGCAACAGUAAUUUGCUAAAUCGUCCACCAGGGGUCGCUCAAAGCUCCCAAGACUGAGCAGCUGGACAGAAAUUCCUCCAUCACCGUGUACAAAUCCACCAUGCAAUGAGCUGUCGUGUUCCAAACCCUUAUUUCAUUGUCUCCCAGGCUACUUUUAUUUGUCUUGUAUCAGUUCAGCAGGCGGACACGGAGUCAAAUCUUAAGGUCGACCGACCAGCACCUUGUGCUCUUUAUAGAUUGACCCAACAUGAGGAAAUAUAAGCGAGUGUGAGGCAGAGAUGGAGAUGCACCUGUAGCUGGCUCUUGUAGCACCUCGUCCAUAGGGGUGGUUUUAUAUAUUUCUUUGCCAGGUUUCUGUCAGUAAUUAUUGUAUGUUAUCAAUAAAAAUGGAUUUUCACUGAA